AUGCAGCACGAACUUAGCGUUAUCAUCAGCAAAGGAAGUUACCUUGAAGUGUUCACGGUCGGUGAGGAUGGAUUGGAUGCGUUUCUGAAUGUGAACAUCUACGGUCGAAUCGCCAUUCUGAAGCUGUUCCGUCCCCUUCACGAGAAAAAGGAUCUGCUUCUGAUUGUAACGGAGAACUACCAAUUUUGUGUGGUCAAAUACGACGAGGCAAGCAAGGAGAUCAAAACACAUGCCACGGGCGAUGUGAGGGACCGUGUGGGUAGGCCGGCAGACGCAGGCAUCCUCGGAUUGAUUGAUCCCUUGUGUCGCAUGAUUGGGUUGCGCAUGUACAAUGGCGUGUUCAAGGUGAUCCCAGUAAGCAAGAAAGGCCAUUUUGACACUGCAUACAACGUCCGUUUGGAGGAGAUUGGAAUCAUUGAUAUCGUAUUCCUGCAUGGGUGA